AUGAUGGGUGGAAUGGCGCGGCGCUGUAGGAACCGGUCGGAUUCGAACCGACGAAUAGAAGUUUUGCAGACUCAUGCCUUAGCCACUUGGCUACGGUUCCCUAUCAAUUCCAUGUCUUCCCCCUUGUCCGACUUUGCUUCACAGGGUGAGACCAGGAAUAACAGAUGCCGGAAUGCUUUGGGGGGAAGGGCACAACAUAGUAACAAUAGCAAUCUCCCCUCAGUCCCAGGAAGUGAUCCGGAUCCACAGUCGGUGUUCUUAGUGCUGGUCAAGGGUUGGUCGAGCAUAUGUUAUAACCUUGAGACUGAGCAAUCUGGAGCUACUGAGCUAAAUUCCCCAAGCUCUCAAGAAGCUAGUGAAGAGGACGAAGAGUCUUCUCCUCUGGAUGAAACUUCUCAUCAGAUGGAUUGGAAAAGACCUAAACAGCCUCUUUGCAAGUUUAGACACUCACAUCAGCGUAAGGGCCAAGGUCCCAUCUCGCUCCUCAGCAACUGCUUGAACCAGCACAAAGCUGGAAGCUACUAUCAUAUAGGCAGCACCAGGAAAGGAAGACGCAUUAGAGCUCAAAGCAGAGAGCACUCACUGAUCUCAAGGCAGAGGAUUGCCAACCCUGGCAUUACCCGCGGGCAGGGUGAAAGAGCUUUCAUUAAUAGUAUUCACAGGUGGAUCAGCAAGAUAGCUAGAGCUAGUGAACUCCUUAAAGGAAAGCGAAAUCCAAUUCUUUAUUAG